AGAGCACUCUUAUCUUCACUACGACGGAGAAGUCUCCUGGUGAAAGCUCACUGCUUCCGACGAUGGCGUCGAUGACACUCGCCGUUACAUCUAUUCCGAUGGCUUCUAAUUCUCUCUCUUUCUCUCGUUCCCAUUCCAUAACCGCCAUCCCUCUUUCUCUCUCUCCUUCGUCUUCGUCAGUGUCUCUCUCGUCCUCUCAAACCACCUCAAUUUCACCACUGAUUUAUUGUGGAAGAGGGGACAAGAAGACUGCCAAAGGAAAGCGAUUCAAUCACUCGUUCGGGAAUGCGAGACCAAGGAACAAGAAGAAGGGAAGAGGACCACCGAGAGUGCCAGUUCCACCAGCUCCGCCGAAGAAGGACAAGUUUGACGACGGUGAAGUUGUGAAGAUUGAGAUAGAUGAGUCCAUCUUCUCAAACUAAACAUCUAUUUAUAUGAUUUCCUAUUCUUCGUGUUCUAAGCCCCGAUUGGAGGAGAAUAAUCAUAUUAUGCCUCUUACCACUGAAUUUCUGUAAUCUGAAUGGCUUUUAAUUUCAUAAUAGGACCUGAGUAUGUUUCUCUGUUGGAUUGCUGAAAUGCUCAUUUAUAAAAUCUUAGGACCUGUUUUCUUGUCU